AUGUCCACAUACUCGAAAUCACCGGCGCUCGGAUUUGAAAUCAUUGCCAAAUGCUCCACCACCAAAGCCCGCGCUUCGGUCCUCACGCUUCCCCAUGGCCCCGUACUGCUCCCUAUGUUCAUGCCAGUUGCUACCCAAGCCUCGCUCAAGGGCCUGACUCCUAAACAAUUGGCUCAGACUGGAUGUAACCUCUGUCUCAAUAAUACAUACCAUCUGGGACUCAAGCCAGGACAGGAAACGCUCGAAAAGAUUGGAGGAGCACAUGUUCUGCAAGGAUGGAAUGGCAACAUCCUAACGGACAGCGGUGGAUUCCAAAUGGUGAGCCUACUGAAGCUCGCCAAGGUCACGGAAGAGGGUGUACGCUUUCUAAGUCCGCAUGAUGGAACCCCAAUGUUACUGACUCCCGAACAUUCAAUCUCCCUCCAAAACACCAUAGGCUCAGACAUCAUAAUGCAACUCGACGACGUCAUAGCGACCACAUCUCCAGACGCGGAGAGGAUGAGAGAAGCAAUGGAGCGGUCUAUCAGAUGGCUAGACCGCUGCAUAGCAGCUCACAAGAAGCCCGAGACCCAGAAUCUAUUCUGCAUCGUUCAAGGGGGUUUGGAUCUUGAGAUGAGGAAAGUGUGUUGUGAGGAGAUGGCAAGGAGAGGUACGCCUGGUGUAGCUAUAGGUGGACUAUCCGGCGGGGAGGACAAAGUUUCUUACUGCCAGGUUGUGAACGCCUGCACAAACUGGCUCCCUCCGAACAAGCCUCGCUACGUGAUGGGCGUCGGCUACCCCGAAGACCUCCUCGUCUCCGUCGCCCUCGGAGCGGACAUGUUCGACUGUGUCUGGCCCACGAGAACCGCCCGCUUCGGCAACGCCAUAGUCUCAACCGGCACCCUCAACCUCCGCCAUGCAUCUUUCGCCAACGACUUCGCCACGAUAGAAGCGGACUGCACAUGCCCAUGCUGCCGGCCAGAAGAAGAGGGCGGUCUCGGCGUCACGCGCGCCUACGUCCAUCACGUCGCCUCCAAGGAGACGGCCGGUGCUCAUCUACUGACCAUGCACAAUGUGCAUCACGUGCUCUCCUUGAUGGGCAAAGUGCGAGCGGCCAUCGUCGCGGACCGAUAUCCGGACUUCCUGCGUUCUUAUUUCCGCAAGGCGUAUGGGGGCGACGUGACAAGAGUGCCAAUGUGGGCGGUGACGGCGUUGGGCGAGGUCGGCGUCGAUCUUCUCACAUAG